UUGGGCAUGUUUGAGGAAGAGCUGGGAAGAGCGCUGGAGGGAGAGGAGCUCUGACUGACUGCCCUGAGGAGAGGUGAGAUGCCUUCGAUUCCAGAGCAGCCCUUUGGGCACAUGGUGGCGUCCUCUGCCCCAGAGCCAGCCUCAUUGCCCCCGCUGCCCUGUGGGCCCUGCAUCCCCAUCAUGCUGGCCCUGGCCUCUGUGGCUGCCUUCUUCCUCAUAGCUACUGCUGUGCUAGCUGAAAGCCUGUUCCGCCGAUCUCUUCGUCCAGACCCUGCCAACCGCGCCCCCACCCUGGUCUGGCGCCCUGGAGGAGAGCUGUGGAUCGAACCCAUAGGCACCCCAAGAGAACGCUCUGAGGACUGGUAUGGCUCUGUGAUGCCCCUGCUGACUGACAGGGCUCCAGACCCUCCCACCCCUGGGGGCACCUUGGAGGCCCGAGCAACAGCCCCACCAGCCCCCUUAGCCCCACCAGCCCCCUCAGCCCCACAGUCCCCUCCCAGUUCCUUGGCCCCCCAGAUCCCACCCAAAACCCCAUCCCGAAGUAGUACCUUCAGGGGGACCCAGGCCUGGGAAGGGAGGCCCUACCUCCCGGGCCUGGUGAGCUGGACUGAAGCAGAGCAGAGGCCAGAGGCCAGUGUGUACUGGGGGAGCCCCCAGACCCGGAGGCUGCGACCCGGAAGUCCUGAUCUUGAGUGGGGCCUCCAGCCUCGGGUCACCCAGGAGCAGAUCUCAGCUUUCUGGAGGCGUGAAGGCCGGACCAGCAUUGGAUUCUGAAUCCCCAGGGCCACGGGGUCCGGCCUCCCAGAGACCCCUGAGGAAGGCCUAACCUCAGAAGGCUCCAGUCUAGGAACCCGAGGGCUCCCCCAGAGAAGAACACCCAGCCUUUUACAUCGGGAUUCCAGUUUCCCUGGAUCUGGUCUGGGCAGGCUGAGUGUGGACAGAGACAUUGCGAGAGCCUGGUGGUGCCUCUGCUUAGCUGCCCAGGGCUGCGGGCAGAGAACUGGAGAACAGAAGCCACAAGGUUACGUUUGGAGUAAAGAAUUCAAGGUACCGGACAGGCAGGAUAUAGCAUCUACACGGCUUCUACCUUCCUUCAAUGUGGGCCUGAGAUGCCAAUAUUGGGGUGAGGGCUCCCCUGGACACUGAAGAACAGACCGGUGUGGUGAUGACAGAGGUCAGUCGCACUAGCAGGAGAGGAUGCAACCCGGCAUCCCAGAGCCACAAAUCCCUUUACGUUCAGGAAGAGAUAAAGAGGUCAAGACCAGACAAAGGAACAUGUUACUGCGUGCGGACUGUGGCCUUCACUCCCAGCUCGCAGCAGGGAAUGUGGCGAGCUGAGCUGGGGAGCCCCUCUCCUGCCUGCAGCUGGGACCUAGAGCCCAAGGGGACCCAUGGGCUCCUCCCACUGUCCUCUCCAGGCUGGCAGAUCUCAGCCCUCCAGAUCUUACCCCUCCUGGUGAGGGAGGCAGGGCCUAGGAGUUGGAUCACUGUGCAAAGGAGCACUGUCCUGGGGGCACGGCCAUCUUCCCUCCCAGCGAGGUCCGAGGUCCGGAAAGACUUGCCCCAAGACCGGCUUACUUAUAUUGUUCCACACCCUCCAAAUAGAGCCUGGAACUGCCCUUGGCCCCAUCUGCAUCAGCUGACUCCCCUUGGGGAAAGGAGCCAGGGACAGAGGAGCCACCAGGAGUUUCCACUUCCCCAGGAUUGUUUUCCCAAACUUCAGUCGUGCCUGUUAGGACCUUUGCCAUAUCGGUUUACCACCUGUACUGUGAGUUACUUUCUA